AAUGAUUCAGUUGAUACAUGUACUGACAGGAAGAUAUCUUAUGGCAACUGAGCUUGAUGAAGAAGGCGUAGUCUAUUGUGGUUAUGGUUCAACUAGAUGUUGGAUUAUUGAAUUUGAUGAUAACAUUUUAAAAGAUGGAGCAAUAUUUGAAUUAAAACAUAAUGAAAUUACUAAAUACUUAUCUUUCAUUAAUAAAAAAGCAUCACUAUCACAUAAUACGUAGGUUUGCUUAAAUGAUAAGGAAGGAAAGAAUAAUUAUUGGAAAUUAGUUUUGAUUUAAUGA